UCUUGGUUUCAUCGAUCACCGGUGACCACACGAACAAACAAAAUUUCGAACACCGGUGAUGAUGACUCCAAUGGCAUUCAACGUGUUAAAUAAAAUGAAUAAUUUACAAAAUCAGAGAGAAAAUUAUUGAAAAUUAUUAUAUAUAUAUAUAUCGUGAUUUAAGUAAUUUAUACAAAUUUUCGAUCAAGCGAUUGUACCUUAUUUUUUUACAAAAAUUUCAUAUGACGUUUAGCGGAACACCAUGACUGCGCUCGAUCUUUGACAAUAUUCAACGAAACGGCUUUGUCCUUAUAGCGUUAUUUAUUAUGUAAUAUUUAUUAUUAUUAUUAUUAUUAUGGUAUCUAUCAGAUGAGCGUUCGAAACGCUUAUUGCUGUGUCAACGGAGGAAAUUGUCAAGCCAAUGUCGCGAAUCCUUGCCUACGUCCUUCCUGGUAUCAAAAAUUCAUAAAACCGCUUGUUUAUUUUAUCAUAACCUCGCUAUUAGCUAUGUCGGUGUCUCAUCUUUGUGAUAAAUAUUCCGCAAGUUCGUCCUUCAAAAUCAUCAAAUCUGAUUUGGGAAAUUUACGAAGACAUUUAAAUACACUUUCGAUGGAAGUGAAAAAUGUCUUAGAGACUCGCGACAAUUUGCAAAGCAAGCUUAAAGAGGUUGGAUUCGCGAUACCAAAGAUAUCGGAGGCCAUACUUAAAUUGAGAGACGAGGUGACCGAGGGUAAGAAAGGAAUCGGCAUACAUACGGAGAAUAUGUUGAAAGCUUUUUCUCCAGAAAGUGUCAGAAAAAUAAUUCAAAGCGAAUUACAAACGUACGACGCUGAUAAAACUGGAAUGACGGAUUAUGCUCUGGAAACUUUAGGUGGUUCUAUACUUUCCAUAAGAGAUACCAAAACCUAUGCGAUGGGUUCUCCAGUUUGGACACUUUUUGGUAUUCCCAUUUGUAUUCCACAUAAUACCCCAAGAGCUGUGAUACAGAUAGGUGUCCUUCCUGGAGAAUGUUGGGCUUUCAAGGGUUCCAGUGGGACCGUUGUUAUACAACUACUAGGACCAGUGUACAUAUCCGGUGUUAGCCUCGAGCACAUUUCCCCUUCUAUAUCACCAACCGGCGAGACAACUACUGCUCCUAAGGAGUUUUCUGUUUGGGGCUUGGAAUGCUUAGAAGAUACGAAUGGUUUUUUAUUUGGCGAAUUUACCUAUGACAAUACCGGUUUUUCCAUACAGUACUUUGAAGUCCAAAAUAAAGCGAAGAAAGCAUACGAGAUCGUAGAAGUGAAGAUACAUUCGAAUAAUGGCAAUCGCGAUUACACCUGCGUUUAUAGGAUACGAGUUCACGGUACUCUUAGGCAAUAAAUUAAACUAAUCUAUUAGACUCACUUCAA